AUGGCGCUCUCAAGCAACGAGAAGCGUGCACUGUGGAGGCGGCAAUGUCGGGAAGCACUGGCAACACAUAUCUAUGAGCGGCUAGGCCUUACUGUCGCCCCAGGUCGGGUCCGAUUACAGCCCUCCAUGGCAGACGGCUAUGCAUGGUCGGUAUCAAAGUCCCAAGAACACCUGUUGAAAUCGAACUUAAGUGAUGGGACGGUCGGCUCGUAUAAGAAGAUAUGUGAUGCGCUCGGGCGCUCGAUAGAAGCUGUGAGUCCGCAGACGCUACGGGAACAUGAUGCACGCCCUGAUAAAAGGAUCAGCGACGAGUACCCAAAUUCAAAAGAGCCUCCUAAGCUAUUCCAAACAGCUUCUGGGGGUGGUUCUUUCACGGCCACUAUUCAACGAUUGGAAGACGAGAACCAGGAGCUCGUUGUCGAACUUGAACGCGCCCAAGCCUAUUCGGAGAAGUUACUUGAGGAAAGGCGAGAGUGGGAGGCAAAGUGUCGCGGGAUUUCCGAGGAGCUCGAUGAUAGCAAGUCCGUGGUGAAACAGCUAGAGAACGAUCUGAGUCACGCGUACAUGGGGAUUGCGGAAGCUAUGAAAACACUGAAGGGCCUCCAGCUUCCAGAAAAGAGCACUCAUGUGCACGAGACGACGUGUGAAAUUUAA